CUUGGAAGCGGGCAGCUGCAAUUGAGAGGUGUCAUGGCGGCCGCCGACGAAGGGGACGCGACCGAAGCGGCGGUGGUGGAGCGCGGGCCGGGAGCGCUUUAUCACAUGUUUGUCAUGAUGGAGGAUCUGCUGGAGAAGUUGAAGCUACUCAACUGCGAGGAAGACGCCGCGUUGCGGAGCCAUAACAUGAGGCCGCCUUCCCGGCAUUAUUUUGCAUUGCCUAUUAACCCAGGCGAACAGUUCUACAUGUUUUGUACUCUUGCUGCUUGGCUAAUUAAUAAGGCAGGGCAUCUUGAACAACCACAGGAAUAUGAUGAUCCAAAUGCAUCAAUAUCUAACAUAUUAGCAGAGCUGCGGUCCUUUGGAAGAACUGUAGAUUUUCCUCCCUCAAAGUUAAAGUCCGGUUAUGGAGAACAAGCUUGCUACGUUCUUGAUUGUUUGGCAGAAGAAGCCUUGAAAUACACAUCUUUUAGCUGGAAAAGGCCUACAUAUCCAACUGAGGAGCUAGAAGAAGAAGCAAUAACAGAAGAUGAUGCUGAAUUAACGCUUAAUAAAAUAGAAGAAAUAAUUGCGGAAGAAGAGACAGACAAUGAGGAAAAUUAUAUUGAUCUCAAUGUUUUAAAGGCACAAACUUACAAAUCAGACAUGCUUGAGUCUAAACAGGAAGAGAUUUUAGAAUCUAAAGUAGAUGCAGCUGAGUGGAACCUUGAAGUGGAACGUGUUCUUCCUCAGUUGAAAGUCACAAUCAAAACAGAUAAUAAGAAUAAACCUGCUGCAAUUGAUGAACACAAAGAUCUACUGAAAGCUGUGCAGAGAUUGGAGAUCCACGUGGAUCAAAUGCAUCAGCACCAAGAUGGAAUUGAAUCAGCUUUAAAAGAUACCCGUGUAAGGCUAUCUGACAAGCUUCAUAAUGAAAUCAGCAGAACUCUGGAAAAGGUUAGCAGUAGAGAAAAGUAUAUUAACAAUCAGCUGGAGCUGGUUCAAGAAUAUCGUUUCUGCACAGGCACUUUGAGUGAGGCUAAAGAGAAAUAUCAGCAAGGAAGUGGUGGUGUGACAGAGAGGACAAGAAUUCUGUCUGAGAUUACUGAAGAAUUAGAGAAAGUAAAACAAGAAAUGGAAGAAAAGGGAAGCAGUAUGACUGAUGGAGCUCCAUUAGUGAAGAUAAAACAGGCUUUAACCAAACUGAAGCAAGAAACCAUUCAGAUGGACAUACGAAUUGGCGUAGUGGAACACACAUUACUUCAAUCAAAGUUGAAAGAAAAAUCAAAUAUGACUAGAGACAUGCAUGCAACUAUAAUUCCAGAUUCUUCAAUUGUUGGUACUUACUAAUUUUUAAAAUAAAUGCUAUGCUAAUAAAAUUUUGUACAUAAUAUAUUUUUGCAUUUAUGUAUGUCAUGCUGCAAAUCUAUUGCUGUGUAUAUAAACAAAAAGAUUUAUGUUUUACAAUCAAGACCUACUGUGUGUGUGUUUUUGUAUGUAUGUGUGUCUGGACAUGUGGAGAGAAAAUACUUUAACAAGUAUAUAGUAUAUUAAAAGUUUUGGAUUGCAUUGCAUUGAAAUGAAAAACUAUUCAAAAGCAAAAUCCUAUACAAAAAUAAAUUAUUGCAAAACAUCUAACUGUAAAAACCAGCAAGUUUGCCUUCCUUUUUCUAAGACAAUGAGCCAUCACAACUUUAUGGACUAGAUCAGGUUCUGUCUCAUCCAGUUUGUACUUUGCUGUUUUUGAGCUAGGAAAUUACUAGAAAACUGAUUUUGCUCAAGAACUACCUAGUUUGGUUAAUUGCAUUAUAGUCUAUGUCUAUAUUCUGUAAUGGAUUCUAACCUAAUCAUAUACUAGAUUUUAGAUCAGAGCUUGAUUGUUUUCUUGAGGAUAUUUAUUGCCAAACUAAAUAACAUCAGUGCUAGUAGGGUGUAGGUUUUGCAUUAUUUUUAUAUACUAGUGACUUCUCAGUAUUGGUGGGAGUGGUCUUGAUGGUCACUUGGUGGCCCUAGUAUAUAUCUGUAGAUCUCAGUGCAAGCUCCAUCCCAAUAGACAGGUUAUUUUGUUUUGUGUUUUCUUUUGUUUUCUUUUGUUAGAAUUGCUAGUCCUAUGAGGGGAAAACCAUCUGGCCAGAUCAGGGGUAUCAAACUUGUAGCCUGUGCACUGGAUGUGUCAUAUGCUGGCCAUACCCAUGCCGGUUUAGCAAUGGGGGGGAAGUUGCAAUAUGUCAUGUGACGACGAUGUGUUGGCAUGAGUUUGACACCCCUGGGCUAGAUGAUAUAGUAUAGGAGGUUUGCAAGAUGAAACAGAUGAGCAUGUGGAAUCCCGAGUUGUGUCUCAUAAGUGGAGAAUGAUUGUUGAUUGUUUUUUCUGCCAACUAGUAACUCAAAGAGAAAAGAAGUUGAAGAAUCGACCAAUUAGUGCCUUGAAGCUGUCCUUCAUUAAACCUGUAAGGACACAAUCUGUAAUCUCAGUAACUGAUGGCCUUUAAAUCAGCUAUGGUGGCAGUAAAAAUGACAUCAACAUACUUUUUUGUUGACUCAAACUUGGGGGAAAUUUCUAUUUACACAACCAUAGGGAAGUACAUCUGGUAAUCAAGCAAUAAUUAAAAUACUCAGUAUUGCUAUCACCUCUCCACCCCCAUUCUUCUUUUUUAGAUGUGUUUCUUCAAUACCAUAUUUGUACAUUACUUUAUCUUUUCAUUGGCUAAUUUGAAAGUUCCCCUAGUCACAAAGGUUUGUAAGAAUAGAUAAGUAGUCAUUCUGGGAGUGGAGGAGUGCUAUCAUUCCACGAUUUUUGGUUUGUUUCUUAUUAGCUUCUCCAAACCAGCUAUCUGGUCUCAAGAAAGUAAACUUUUCUCUGAGACUCAAGAGUUUAGUAGGAUGCAGGUCUAUAAGAGCAGAUCUUGAAACAUGGAUAUAGAAGAAAAGAAAAGAAAGGAACUAGACUGGAAGUAGGACAGCUGCAGGAAGAGAAAGUAUUGGUGUUAUAGGUAAAACUAUUAAGACAAUUGAAACGAUAUAAAGAAAGAACAAUGUGGAAGCUGCUUGGAACAGAAUAAAAAUGUGUUCACAUGUAUUCACACAUGAGCCAUGAAAAGAACUUCUGUGAAUGAUAAAGUGAAAGAGGAAAUCAAUGGAUGAAAAAAAUAUAAGAGGAUGGUGGCUGGAAAAAUGUGGGUGAAAUAGAUUGCACAAUGUAUUUUAAGAGAGAAAAUAGAGAUUAACAGAGGUCAACAAGGAGACUCCAGCAGAGAAAUUGCAAUUAAAAAAAAUGAUUUAGAAUAAAACUGAAAUUUGAAAAUACUUCAAGAAGUAUUUUAGAAAUUUGUCCUGUAGGGAUGAUGAUGUUAAGCUAAAGAGUGGAACUGAAAUGUACGUGUGAGUAUCCAAGGAAAAAGGGAAAUCAUAAAUGCUGUAGGUAUGUUGAAAAAUAGUAAGGAAGCAGGUAUAAUUAUAUAAUUGUAUAUGCAAUUCUUUUAGCAUGUGUAUGAAAAUUGUAAGUGUGAUAAUUGGAAGACUGCCUUUAUUUUUCC